AUGCCUAACUUAUAUCCACUUCCGACCAAUCAACGAUUCGUAUUCUUCUUCAACUCAGUUGCUGCUACAUUAUGGUUUUGUUGUUUAGGUAGAUUUCUUAUAUUACUUCCAUUAGUAGGGAGGAAAUUUUUACCAGGAGGAAUAGCAGAUUUCUUUCAUAUUGUUUCUUUAACCCCAUUAUUUGGAUUCUUACUUUUGAAAUCAAUAUUAUAUACAAAUGUUAAGUUAUCAGACUUAUGGGCAUUAUUCAAUGGAUUAAAAAUGGCUUGGAUUUGUUACGGAGUAAUUUUCCCCCAUCCUAAGAUUGCAAAACAUACUUCAUAUUCAUUGUUGAUUCUGGCUUGGUGCAUUCAGUAUGUGAUUCAUUAUAGUUAUCAUGCUUUUAGAAUCAAAACCAGAAGUUCGCCUUGGUUCUUGUUUUGGCUACAAUAUCAUAAUUUUUACAUAACUUAUCCUGUUGGAUUAGUUGCUGAAAUGAUACUUAUUUUCUUAAGUUUGAUGUUUGUUGAAGAUGAUCUGAUUUAUGAAUAUGUUCUUAAAUUUGCAUUAUUAAGUUAUAUACCCGUGGCAUACUUUGCUUGGAAUAAUUUACGAAAAAGAAGGAAUUUGAAAUAUACUGAAGUCCUUUCAAAGAGAAACAGAAGCAAAUUGCAAGCUAGUAACACAGAAUCUUCAGCUAAUACUUCUGGAGUGUCGAAUGAAACUCAAGAAACAGAAUUAAGAGAGCUUAGUUAG